GCGGCCCUGCCGCCCGGGUCACGUGAUCCCGGGGCGGCCUCUGCCGCCCCCGGUGGCGCCCGACGGCCCUGCAGGGCCGGAGUCACGUGGUUUCGGGGAAGGGGCCGGGCCCGGGAGAAACGAAACUCGGGGGCGGGGGCGGGGCCCGAGGGAGGCGUCCAGAGACAUCACCCAGAGACAACAUCCAGAGACAACACCCAGAGACACAGACGCCGCCCUGCCCCGGGAGCCCCUCCGCCACAGGGCCCGGCGAUCGUCGGCAUCCCCAACCUCCCCAGGAUGGCGGCGGGCACGGCCCGGCGCACCCGCAAGCUGCGGAACUGGGUGGUGGAGCAGGUGGAGAGCGGUGAGUUCCCCGGCGUCUGCUGGGACGACGCCGAGAAGACCAUGUUCCGCAUCCCCUGGAAACACGCCGGAAAACAGGACUUCAGGGAGAACCAGGACGCCGCCUUCUUCAAGGCCUGGGCCAAGUUCAAAGGGAAGUACCAGGAAGGCGACCCUCCCGACCCCGCCGGCUGGAAGACGCGUCUGCGCUGCGCCCUCAACAAGAGCCCCGAGUUCGAGAAGGUGCUGGCCCGGAGCCACCUGGACGGCGCUGAGCCCUACAAGGUGUACCGGCUGCUGCCCCCCGGGGAACCCCCAGCCCAGUCGCAGUCCCGGAAACGCCAGCCCAAGAGGGGCCACAAGACCCCGUCCUCCGAGGAGGAGGACGACGAGGAGGAGGGGGAGGAAGAAGCCGGGGGUGCCAAGAGAAGCCGGGCGGCCAGCCCCGUGGCCGCGGUCUCCCAGAGCACGGCCUUGAGGCUGAGCGGAAGCCCAGACCUUGGCUCCCGGCACCUGGAAGACUCCGGCAUCGGAAGCGACAGCAACAGUCCCGAGCCGGCCGGCGUCCCCGACGCCACCGAGGUCGUCUUCCAGGGGUUCACGGAGCCUUCCGAAGUGUAUCCUUCUCCGGAGACGGACCAUUUCCCGCUGCUGACCAUCGCCUACAGCGGCCACCCGGUGCACGAGUCGCUCCUUCGCAGCCCCGACUUCCACCUGUCCGCGGGGCCCUCCUUGUCCGGGGCCUACAUGAGCCACGUGGUGCUGCCCCCCGCCGAGGCGCUGCCCGAGUCGGGCCCCCGCGAGGCCACGCGUCGCCUUCUGGAGAAGCUGGACCGGGGCAUCAUGGUGGCCAGCAACGUCCAAGGCCUGUUCGUCAAGUCCCUGUGCCCGAGCCCCGUCUCGUGGAGCGGCCCGGGCACCGGUUCCGAUCGCCGCUGGCUGCCGCAGGGAGGCCUGAAGCACCUCUUCGACGCCACGCUCUUCAGAGAGGAGCUGGACCAGUUUCGCCAGGGCCUGCGACCGCGCCCCGAGUUCCAGGUGACCCUCGAUUUCUGGGAGGAGCGCUCCGGCCCCAACCACACCCCUCAGAAUCUCAUCACCGUGAAGCUGGAGCAGACCUUCGCCCGACACUUGCUGGAGGGUCCGGAGGAGCAGACGGCCGCCAUGACCCUGCUGCAGAGCCUGGGAGCCCCGCUUCCUCCGACCUUGCCCGCCCUCUCGCUCCCCUGCUCCCCCUUGACCUUCACGCUCCCUCCCACCCCCCCGUCCCUCCUGUGAGGGGCUUCCCGGCCCCCGGCCGUUCCCGGAGGGGGCGAGCCCGAGGACUCCCCGCUCGUAGCAUCCGUGAGUCGUGACGCUCCCCCUCCGUGAAUCCCAGAUGGCACCGAUUGUGGUUCCGGGGUGGGGGGGACUGGAGAUCGAAAGCCGCCGUCCCCCCAUCUCCUCCCCCCCCGACAGCUGCAAUUAAUUACAAUUAGUGGGCUUUUCCCCUUUGUCUGCUCCCCCCCGGCCCCUUUCCUGGCCUAUCUCCCCCCCGCCCCAGACCCCGCACCCUGACUUCACUGUCCCAUCUGCACUUUAUACUCUGGACCUACGUGGUAGUUUUUCAAUAAACAUUUGUCAAAAGAAA